ACUAAAAUGCCCUUAAUUUUAAUUAAGAACCCUAACCCCCAAAUACAAUUUCAUUUUCAUCAGCAUCCAACCCUAACCCCUUUUUUCCUCUUCUCUACCCUUUCUCCUCUCCUCUGCCGUGAACUCCUGGAGCCUGACCCGCCGCCGGUAGCACCUCCAAUGGUGGGAACCACCGCGGCGCCUCUCCAUUUCUCGUUGGUUCAUCUUCGUGGCCCCAGUUGCCACCCUCGGUUUGUGACGCUGCUGGUGUAUCCACGCCGGUGGGUCUGCGUCGCCACCGUCUCGGAGCUGUGCGUCUGGUCUCUGCUGGUUCUCUGUCAACGGAGCUGGUAUAGCCUGGUUAACAAUGGCUUCCACAAGUAGAAGAUCCACAAGUGGUUUGUAUGUCAGUGGCAACGUAACGGGAGAAUAAUUUUGUGCGUGUGGUUUAAGAGCACCGUUACAAGUUUCGAAUAGCAUGGCCAACCCGGGUAGAAAGUGAAUUCUAAUUUGAAGACGAGCGAACGAGUGGAAAAUCU